GCCAAUCAAAGCGCUUCUAAACUGACGUCGACAGGAACGUCAAGAGAGCAGCGCCUGAUUUAGAAACAGCUGAGAGCGACGCUGGUGGGUGUAGUGUACUGGGUAUUGAAGUUCCCUUAGAAGUGCGCACAAGCGCGUUUUAAGUCAUGUCUUUAACCAACUCCUUUGCCGCCCCGUUACUUUUGCUUUUAUGUGUUGUUUUAUUCUCAGUUACUGUUGCAGAAGAAUGCGAAGUGUGUGUGGGGUUUUUGGGGCAGCUUUAUAACUCACUGGUGAUCAGACACACAGAGCUGUCCCCAGAGCUGGUGGAGGACGGUCUGAUCAGAGCAUGCGCCGAGACUACUGGGAAAGAGAAUCGACUAUGCUAUUACCUGGGGGCCUCCAGUGAUGCUGCAGCCAAAGUGACAGGUGAGGUGAGCCGCCCCCUCAGUGCACAUGUUCCUGUCCACAAAAUCUGCCAAAAACUUCAGCGCAGGGACGCCCAGAUCUGCGAGCUCAGAUAUGAGCGUCCCGUUCUUGACUGGAGCAGGGACGCUUUGUCUAAAAUGCGAGUGUUGGAGCUGAAGAGAGUCUUGGCCUCUUGGGGGGAGGAGUGCAGAGCCUGUCUGGAGAAGAGCGAAUUUAUUGAACUCAUCCAGGAGGUGGCCCCCAAACACAGCACAGCGCAGCACAGAACGCACACGGAAGAGUUCUGAGGGCCUCCUCGUGUAGCUCCGUGCUGGGGACAUGGGAGGGCCUCCUCGUGUAGCUUCAUGCUGGGAACACGCAGCAGUGAUGGGAGGGGCUGCACGUGCAGCUGCGCUCAGGGACACUUUGGAUUUUGCUCUGCGACUCCUAACUUAUAAUGCUUUUCAUAAUGUUAGUUACGAGUAGCAAUGUGCAAUAUGUGCCACUUCCCCAGUGUCUCAUUCUCCUGUACCGCUGUAAGCAUUUUCUCCCGCAUACUCAGAAUAAAUCAUUAAGCUUUA